AUAUCAGUUUAAAUAUCAAUUAAAGAUUGCAUGUUUAGGUUUAGUAAAUGGCUUAUAAACAUGUAUGAAUUUCAACAAUAUGUCUCUCUUUUUUAUUUUCCAUUAUCUCACUUUGCAAGUAAUUCAUAUCAUUUAAAGUUAUAUAUCUUAUUUUUUGUACAGGUUAUUUUGCCAAUUAGUUUUUUGGUUUACAAAUAUCUUGUUUGUUUAUCAGAUUCUAAGAUCUCGGUUCGUCUAUCUUAACAAAUUCUAUGGUGUUUUACAAUUGGGAACAUAUAAAUCGGUCACUAUUUAUGUUUAUUAAUGAUUCUUUGCAGCAUAUGUGCAGUAUUAUUUGAUAGUCGUCUAACAAAACUAAAAAUAGCGAAAGUUGAAGCUGUAUUUCGUAGUUCGUAUAGCCAAGAUAAAAACAAAAAUUCAAUUCAUUUAAUAUCUUUUGAGAUAUUAUCUUGCACUUUACUCUUUCUUUUCCAAAAGAAAUGUUUUUGGACUAUUUGAUUUUUUAAGAACAUGUUAUUUAAUUGAAAUUGUUGUCAUUAUUUUAAUAUUUGAAUUAUUUUUUCUAAAGUAUGUGAUUUAUUUUGAUAAAACCAAAUAUUUGUAUUUGAUAUAUCAUAAUAUAGUUAAUAGUAAUGCAUUAGAAAUUAAAUCUAAACUCGGAAAGCUUGAGUUCAUAGCCGACUCUUUGUUCUAUGUAAUUCUAAUGGGUUUAUAUUGGGCCAAAUUAAUAUUUAAUUAUAAAAUUAUAGAAAAUUAAGGUCCAAACACAUAUUGAUGUAGGGUUUAGGUAUGUCAUUGUGUCUUAUAAAUAUCAUCUAUUGAUAUGUAAAAUCCGCCGCACCAACUCUUUUUAGCGGAUAAGAAAAGAUCUCAACCUUACUAGUUUUUCGUUCGUGUGAUAGAAACAAAACGUAAAUUGCUCUCAAUUGUGUAGCAAUAUCGCUUGCGUGGCAGUUUCAGACUCAUCAAGCAGAUGGCUGGCGUAAGGCCCUUAACGGAGGAGGAAAAGGAACUUAUAUCAUUAUAUGGCAAACCAAUUACCGUAUAUGAUAUUCUUCAAGCUUUCUCACAGGACAAGCCACGUUUCCUUCCAAGGUGUUUGAGCUACAAAAUACAGGCGAAGAAAAAUAAGAUGGCAAAUAUAGGUGGAAUAGCAAUUUACAACUAUAUGAAUUGUAACAACAUAAUACUGAAAUCCCAAGUUGUGAAAAGGACUUCUUGCCCAUUUUGCCCAAUGAAGUGUGGAAGCCUCAAGGGCGUGAAACAUCAUUUGAUGUCAUCGCAUGCCUUAUUUGAUUUUAACUUUCGGCUGUCGGAGAAUGGUCAUCCGAAUUUUGAUGUCUCCGUGAAACCUGAUGCAUUCACAAAUGGGGUACUAACUUAUGAUUUAGAGGAGCACAAUCGUGUUAAUACCUACCUUUAUCGCUCGAAAUCCCGUAUGCGAGGCCAAAGAGGUGUUCCUAAGGGACGUAAAUGUUGUAAGAUUUUUGAGAAGUAUUCAGAAGAUGUCCCUCGUGACAAAGCAAAUGAAAUUUCUCAUGUGAACGGUGAUAAUAUCCCAUCCUCCCUAGCAAGAACUCGCUUGUCGGGACAGACUAGCGACAUUCAGACAAAAACUCAACCAGAGAUAGGUCGGUCUUCUAAAGCUAAGGAGCCUCGUGCUAUUGGGAGAAAAAGGUUAAAUCCACAGCGGGUCGGGGCUGAAAGAACCGAUAUUAGGAGUCGGCAGUUCUAUCACUCUCAAACAUUGCAGCCAAUGACUCUGGAAGAAGUACUGUCUGAUGCGGACAGCGAUAAUGAAGAUGAUCAAGAAUUUAAAGAUUUUCAAGAACGCAUGAAGAUUGAUCGGUUGGUGGAUGCCAGCGAUGAGGAGAAGAGAUUUAUGUGGCUUUGGAACACAUUCAUUAGAAAGCAAAGGGUGUACGCGGAUAAACAUGUUCCUUGGGCAUGUGAAGAGUUCGUAAAACUUCAUGCGAAAGAGCUGAUCACUCCUAAACUUCUCUGGCAAUGGAGAAUGUUCGCAGUUGAUACGCUGUGUUUAAAAUACGGUCUGAUAUGCGCCAAGACCAUGGACAAAUGCAGUAUCAUCCUGCAGAAGGCACAGGAAGCAGAAGAAGCACCAGAAGAAGCGGCCGCAGCAGCAGAAGUGGCGGCAGCGGCAGAAGCGGAGGCGGCAGUGGCGGCAGCAGAAAAAGCAGCAGCAGCGGCAAAAGUGGCAGCAGAUGCAGCGGCAGCAAAAGCAUCCGCCGCUAAAGGCACAAGAAAAAGCGCCAGAACGCAAAAGAAGAAGAAGCAAGAAGCAGCUUCCUCUUCUAAAGCUAAUGCUAAUGGCAACGAGCCACAGCCAAUGGAACUUGAUGAAGAACAACAUUAGCCAGAUCUUCAUUUCUGAACUGAGAGAUCCAAACUAUUUUAAAACUCCCGUACUCAGAUACCAUUUCCUUCCUUUCAAAUUAUGUUAAACUAAACUUUUAAUUUUAUCUCUAAUAAUCUCAA